UGACUGGAUCAUAAGUAUCAUCAAGUAUCGACAACGCUGCUAUUAGCGUCAUGUGACGGAAUCAUCAAGUAUCAUCAAGUAUCGCCAACGCUGCUAUUAGCGUCAUGUGACGGGAUCAUCAAGUAUCAUCCAAGUAUCGACAACUCUGCCAUCUCUUGCAUUCAUCACAGAUCCUUAUGAUGCAACCUAUUUAGAGCAAGGAGUUUUCACAGUGGCCAAAAUUGAUGAGAUGAAGGCCUGUAACCCUGUUGUAAUGAAACCUUUACAGAAGGAUCUUAUCGGCUAUUUGAAGCUGUUUGAUGGCUCUACAACAGAACAAUUACGAAUGGCAUGCUUGAAAGAUUUGGAAUGGUACCAUCCUUUCAAUAGGACAGAGCACUUUUAUCAAGAUUGGAUACGGAGGACUAUUGAUCUGAUGAUUGGAGAAUUCGAAGCUAGAAGUCUAAAUAUGCAACAUUCCGAAAGCUGGUAUAUGGCUAGAAUCUGGACGAUAAUUGACAGAGUAUUUGCUGAUGUUGAGGAUCUGGAAGCAGUACGUGGGAAGUCUAGUAGUAUUGCAACUGCUACAAGAAAAACCCAUGGCAGAGUGAUAGCGUCAAUGGUAAAAAUGAAAGAAAGGCGGUGGGGAUAAGUUUGGGUAGGAUUCCGGGUUUUAAUGUAUGAAGUGACUGACGUUUAGGAUAGGACACAUUCACACAGCCUCAGUGUGAGAAUGCAUAUGCGGAUUGGCAUUCAACAUAAAUUCUAUCAGAUAGUUGACGGAUUCUAAUUUGAAAGUGGUUUAUAAGUACAAAAGGUUUAACAACACAGUUAAAUAGUGCAAUUUACGGUAACUUGUACAAUUCCCUGGCGCGUGAAUAUAUACCUCAAUAUCAGACUAUUUUACGUCGUCACAGACAUUCUAAGUGACUAUGCAAAGUCGUUACAUAACUGAUUGUCAGACACCAACGAAGAAGAGGAAAGGG